UUGUUAAAGAAAUGUACGAAUACCAUUUCUUUUUUGAGAUUUUUCACGCAUACUUAAAAUCCCUCUCGCUGAUUUUACUCUUGUUCUUGUUCUGCAUUGAUUCUUCUGGUUAGAUCCCAAAAGCAAAAGCAAGAACGGAAAGGCAAGGAAACUCUGUCGAAAGAAAUCGAACUUUUGUUGCGCGCCGGUUAGAUGGAAGAGGUCCGGCGUUGGGAUGAACUGAUACCUGAUGCGCUGGGGUUAAUCUUUAGCAAUCUUUCUCUGCAAGAGAAACUAACAGUGAUUCCCAGGGUGUGCAAGUCUUGGAACAAAGCAGUGUCUGGCCCUUAUUGCUGGCAGGAGAUAGACAUUGAGGAAUGGUUUUGUCAAUGCGAGCCUGAUCACCUCGAUCGCAUGGUUCGUAUGCUGGUCACAAGAAGCUGUGGAUCCCUCCGGAAAAUUUGUGUUUCUAGCCUUCGCAAUGACACAACUUUCUCCUUCAUUGCUGAGCAUGCUGGAUCUCUUCAGAUGUUGCAACUGCCUAGAAGUGAGAUAAGUGAUUGUAUAGUUGAACAGAUUGUGGGGAAGCUCUCUACUGUAACUUUCUUGGAUGUAAGCUAUUGUAAUAAAAUUGGCGCUCGUGCUCUGGAGGCCAUUGGAAAGCAUUGUAAAUUGCUUGUGGGGCUGCGCCGAAACAUGCACCCAUUGGAUUCAGCAGGCAAGCUUUCGCAAGAGGAUGAGGCUCUUGCCAUUGCCACAAGAAUGCCAAAGAUUAGGCACCUUGAAAUGGCAUACAAUCUUACUACUACAGAAAGUGUACUAAGGAUCCUCUCAAGCUGCAAGGAGCUUGAAUUGUUGGAUUUGAGAGGGUGUUGGGAUGUGAAACUUGACGGUAAGUUCCUUAAAGAAAAGUUUCCCAAAUUGAAAGUUUUGGGACCUCUUGUGGUGGAUUAUUAUGAGAUCAAUGAGUGGGAUAAUUGCUCGGAGUACUCGGAUGCAGUGUCUGGCUACUUUUCCUGGGACUUUAUAGCUGGUGAAAUGGAUGAUUAUGACGAUGAUGAUGAUGAAAGCUUUGAUGGAAUGUGGGAUGAUGAAUGCAGGCUGGAGGAGCUCGAGCUGAGGUUCUAUGAAGCAGCUCAUGAAGAUAUGGGUAUGCAUGGUUGGCCUCAGUCUCCAUAGGUUCUGUUUUCUUCCUCCCAAGUUUGUCAGACUUUUUCAUGUAUCUAGCAAGUAAGAUGCUUUUACUUUUGAACUUCUAUAUGCUCUAUGACUAUGGAUAUAUAUAUGUUUCAAUAGUAAUGGGGUUGUGUGGAUUGUAUAUUCAUGUUUUACUUCA